UUUUGCAAUUCCUCUCUCCACAUUCAUAUUACUCCAUCUCAUUUUCUCCUUCCUUUUUUUCUCUUCGUUCCUUUCACUUCUCCCGUCUUUUAUACAUUCCGUUUUAAUCUUUCUCUCUUUCUCUCUCUCUCUCUCUCUCUCUCUUUCUUUCUUUCUUCCCUUCUUCCUUCCCUAUCUUUGUACUUCCUUCCUUCCUACCGUCCUUCUGCUAGUCAUGGGAACAUUUAUGUUAUCCUUUACAAAAAACAAAACCUACAUUCAUUCAUCUCUGACCUCGUCCUUCAUUCCAAUGCCUUUUUUCUUUUUUUUUUUUUGUUGAUGGUGUCAAGCAUCAGAUUUUCACCUUAAUCUGUUUACAGUAGGCUGUUCAGCAAAGACUGAAUGUGAGGAGAAAAAAAAAAACGAGGGAAAGGUGAGUGCCACUGGCGCUUUGGGUUUAAGUGACAGGUAAAUUACAAGUUAAGUGGAGUACACCGGCUUUUAACAAGAGGCUUCAGGCUCCUGCAAAUCCUCCUUAGUCUCUAAUCUGAAUACAAAAGCCGGAGGAGGAGGACGGAUCAAAUUUGACCCCUGAAUGAGGCAUUUGUUCUCGCUCAUGUCCCGCUUCAGCCAGGUUUCCAUUCUCUUUGUGUGUGUGUGUUUGUGUGUGUGUUUGUGUGUUUUCUUUUGAUUUUAAAUAAAAACAAUACAUUUUGCUUGUUUUUCCCAUUUGAGGAAUAAAAAGAGAAAGUCAGGGGAAUGUCUGGUCUCCUCCCCUCAAGAUCUUCUUUUACUGAAGGACUGUUUAUUUAAUUGGGGAUGAAAAGGCAGAACGCGACGCUGCUAUCGGCGGCACGGGGAAAACAAAUCCGGCCUUCUUCAGCCGUGAGCAGGAGGCUGAAAGCCGAGACAGGCCGUGAGAAAAGCGCUUUUUUCGGCUUGUCAACGUUUUAGAGGCUUAGAGUCAGAGCGAUCCAGGCUCAGGACGGAGGAGUCGGGUGUUAGCGAGGCAGACUGACUCCUGAUAGAAGGUGUUUGCAGCUCAAGUCGAGCAGAAUCGUCCUCGCUCCUGCAAACAGCAGAGAGAUAAUUGAUUCUUGAAAAAAGUUUUCUGUACAGCUACAGGUUGCCUGUUGUCUGUGCUGAUGACUCGACUCAGUGGCCUGUGACAGUCCUGGUCCUUGGUUUCCGGUCCUUGGUACCUGUUCCGGUUCCUGUUCCUGUUCCCUGUUCCCUACUCCUGAUCCUGAUCCUGGUCGCUGCUAUGCUCUGCCUCUGCACUGGUUUGGACUCUGGACUGUUUUUGGUAAAGCGAAGGAUUAGGGCAGAUUUUCUCUCUAAAAUAGGAGUGGAGUGUGAUGGGGCUUUUAUCCCUGAGCGUGGAGAAGGCCACAGAGCCACAGGAUUAAAGAACCACAAAGGGUCCUGUUGUGUCCGAGCACAAACUCAACUGCCACUAAAUGCAACUGCCAGCUUGAAUAUGUCAGCAGGGUGGGAAGUUUCCUGAAGCUGAGCUCGCCCUGGUGUGAUUGGUUGUUUGAAUGCUGCUGUGCUUUAAAACCCCCUCACCAGCUCUAAUGUGGGGACGAGUGCAGUCGAGUGGCAGCUUGAGGAGUUUCAGCGCUGCGAGGGAACGAGCCUGCAGCACCAUUUCCACAUCUCCCUCUGAGUGAGUGUUUACUGAGCUGCUCUGGAGCCCUGUUCAAUUUCAUAUAAAAUCAGUGAUUACUACAGGAUUUAAAUAUAAAGGCUGAUCUCUCCACCAUGCAGCAUUACGGAGUAAAUAGUGGAUAUCUACACGCUAUGAACUCCCUGAGCGCCAUGUACAACCUGCACCAGCAAAGCACGCAGCACGCGCCCGAAUACCGGCCCUCUGUUCACGCGCUCACGCUGGCGGAGAGACUCGCCGACAUCAUCCUGGAGGCGAGGUACGGCUCUCAGCACAGGAAGCAGAGGAGGAGUCGCACGGCCUUCACUGCUCAGCAGCUGGAGGCGCUCGAGAAAACGUUCCAGAAAACACACUACCCUGAUGUAGUGAUGAGAGAACGACUGGCAAUGUGCACCAACCUGCCUGAGGCUCGAGUACAGGUUUGGUUUAAGAACAGACGAGCAAAGUUCCGUAAGAAGCAACGCAGUCUGCAGAAAGAGCAGCUCCAAAAGCAGAAAGAGGGGGAGUCAGAGGGAAACCAGGAAGCAGAGAGUAAAGAAGAAGCACCACCCAGUAGAACACCUCAAACUCCUCAAACUCCCCAAACUGCACAUCCGCCUCCAGAUGAGCUGAGCGAGGAAGUGAACGUUACGUCCCCUGAGCACUCAGGGGUGGAGUCAGGAGCAGAGGAUUUGACUGACAGAGAGGACGAGCCAUCAUCGUUAAGAGAGGAGGAGAAGAAAGUGUCGGGGCCAGGAGGCACAAUGUCACCAAGCAAACUACUGAAUCAAAAAUCAGAUUCUUCUCUGGAGUCUCCAUCUCUCUCGUCCUCCAGCAUUCUCAACACUGGUUUAGUCCAAACCAACUCCUAUGCCUCGUCUCCUCUCAGCCUCUUCCGUCUACAGGAGCAAUUUCGCCAGCACAUGGCUGCCACGAACAACCUAAUGCACUACACACCAUUCGACAUGGCCAUCCCGUCCUCGUCCUCCCCGUCCUCUUCCUCCGCCUCGUCUUCUUUAGCUUACCUGGGCAUGAACAUAAACAUGAACAUGCCAUCUCCACUUGGGCCUCUGCAGUGCCAGUCAUAUUACCAGUCUCUGUCCCAGCAGGUGUGGAGCAGCUUAAACAGCAAGACGAGCAGCAUCGAGAACCUGCGUUUCAGAGCCAAGCAACAUGCAGCCUCGCUCGGGUUGGACAUGCUGCCUGACUGAUCUCAAAACUUACCUGAGAUAUACAAAAAAAAGAGAAACAUAUUGAGCUUUACCUCCAUUCUUAUAAAUAGUAAUGAACCACAUGGAAGGAGGACAAACUGAGAAAUAGCUUUGUUGUGUUUGUUUUCAACAGAUAAACAAUGGAAAUAUUAUACAACCCCAAUUCCAAAAAAGUUGAGACAAUGUGUAAAUUGUAAAUUAAACAGAAAGUAAGGAUUCGCAAAUCUCAUAAAUCCAUAUUCUAUUCACAAUAAAACAAACAAAAAACAUCAACUGAGAAUUAUACCAUUUUAAGGAAAAUGUGUCAUUUUGAAUUUGAUGGGUCUCAAAAAAGUUGAGACAGGGCCAUGUGUACCUCUGUGUAGCCUCACAUCUUCUGUCCAUAUACAUUUGGUAACUGUGGAGACCAAUGCUAAAGUUUUGGGAGUGGAAUGUUGUCCCAUAUGUAUCUGAUAUGGGAUUCUAUCUGCUUCACAGGUCUGGGUCUUUUUUGUUGUGUUUUUCAUUUUAUGUUUCAUCAAAUGGUUUUAAAUGGCUAAAUGUCUAGACUGCAAGCAGGUCAGUUUCUGGACUCUUCUACUACAAAGUCAUGCUAUUUUAAUAGAUGCAGUAUGCAAUUUGCAAUGUCUUGUUUAAAUAUGCAGGGCCUUCCCUGAAAAAGAAGUUGUCUGGAUGGAAGCAUUUGCUGCUUUAAAACCUGUAUAUACUGUUCAGAAUUAACAGAGCCUUUCCGAAUGUUCAAGCUGUCCAUUCCACAGGCACUAAUGCACACCCAUGCCAACAAAGAUGUGGCUUUUUUAAUGGAACACUGAUAACAAGCCAGAUGGUCCCUCUCCUGUUUAGUCCGGAGGAUGCGGUGUCCAUGGUUGCCAAAAAAAAAAAAAGAAAUUUCAUUAGUCUGACCACAGAACAGUUUCGCCUCAGUACGUUUUAAAUGAGCUUUGGCCCAGAGAGGAUGCCGGUCUUUCUGGAUCAUGUUCACGCAUGCCUUCUUCGUUGCAUUUAUUUUUAACAUCUUUGCAUUUAGAUUUAACCUGCAUUUGUGGAUGCAAACUGUGUUUACAGACAAUGAUUUCUGGAGGUGUUUCUGAGUCCUUGCAGUGAUUUCCAAUACAGAAUCAUGACUGUUUUAAAUGCAGUGCCGCCUGAGGGGACUAAGAUCAUGGCCAUCGAAGAUACAUUUUUGACAUUGUCCCUUGUGCACAGACAUUUCUUUCAAUUGCUUGAUUAUAUGAUGUACUGUAAAUAAUAUUAUAUUCAACUUUUGCAAUUUCAUGUUCAGGAACAUUCAGUCUUUCACAGAUUUUUGAAGCUCUGCCAUCUUUACUUCUGAGAGACUCUACCUCUCUAAGAUACACUAUUUAUAACCAAUCAUCUUACUGACCUGUUGUCAAUUAACCUCAUUAGUUGCAAAAUGUUUCUGCAACUGUUUAAUUUUAAUAACACUUUUUCCAGACUUUUGAUGCUCUUUUCCAACAUUUGUGAGACGUGUUGCAGCCAUCAAAGUACUCAAAUGUUUUUUCCAUUUAAUGGCACAUUUCUUCACUUUAAACAUUUGAUUUGUUCUUUCUGUGAAUAAAAUAUGGGUUUGUGAGAUUUGCAAAUCAUUACAUUCUGGUUAUAUUUACAUUUUAUCCAAAUUUUAUGGAAUUGUGGUUCUGAGAUUUAUUUUUGCGAUCUAUAGAACCCACGAACAGAAAAGUGAGACUAUAGAAGCUGACCUUUUGCAUCCAUUCAGCUGUGUAAAUGCACUAGUGUUGCAAUUGCUCUCACUUUCACUACUUAUUUCUGCUUUAGUAUGAUAGAGAGAAAACAAGAGAGAUACAUAAAUGACUCAAUGCAUCAGUGGUCAAUAUUUGCAUUAUAGACACCUUAAAUCCAAUGCUACACUACAUAGAAACAUGGUACAAAAUAAUAAUGCAACAAAAUAUUUGUUCUUCAUUAAAUGUUUGUACUUCAGAUUAACUAUAUUUUUGAGUGUCCCAUUCUACAUCCAUCCCCAUUUCCUGUUAUAAUAACCUCCAUUAUUCUGAGAAGAUGUUCCACUAGAUUUUGUGGAGAUUUGCGUGAGAUUCAUUAAGCAACGAGGGUGUUAGUAAAAGGCACAACAAAAGGUAAAAGGGCAUUGUCACACUGGAACAAGUUCUGGGUCUCCUACUUCAGGUGAGGGAAAAGUUUCAUGCUUCUACAUCCAUAUAGUCUUUGAAUGUCCAUAUAGUGUAGGUUACAUCUAUUAUAAAACAUUAUAUUCACCUGCACGUCCUCAUGACAUUAAGCAAUAAGUUAUCUCAGUUUCGAACACAGUGAUUUUCAAACCAUUCAUGGAAAGUUCACUUUUCUAAAAACAUUACAAUCCUUUGCAUAUUCUUUAUAAACUCCUGAGGCUCCUGAGUCUUGUAAAUACACCAUGUUAUGUUCUGGAUAAUGCUUAUUGAUGCUAAAGUGUCUCACAGCAUAUAAAAUAUAUAAAAUAUGCAGUCGUAUAGCAUAUAUAUUGCCGUCUGGACUUUUUUUCUGGAUUGUUAACGUAAAAUGUGAAUAAAUUAUCUCUGAAAUGCAAGAAAAUU